AUGAAUACACCGAAACGGUUACUGUCAGGUUCCGAUGAUGCAACGGAAUAUCCAGCGAUAAGACGAAGAUCGAUAUCGGCUAAUGAUGAUACGAUCACUCCGAUUGACGAUCAAAUUGAACAAGUGGCGAAAAGAUAUUGCGUGCCGAGUGAUAUUGUUAAGCGUAUUAUUUCAGAUCUUCUCAGUGACGCUACAGUGAUUGAUUACCUUCGUACGCGAACUUUCAUCGAUAGUUCAUCUUUCGUCAAUAAUUCAAUAUCGACCACUAGACAAGACGAAUCUCUUCUUUCAACUUCCAACUAUUUCGAUAUCAAUUCUCAGCUGAACCCUUCGCAUACGUAUCCUCCUGGUCACCAGCAACUUUUACCAGCAACAACAGGAGUCGACGAAUACGAUCCUCUAUGGUUGGAGUUUCUACAGUCCUUAAACACAGCCGAUCAAGCAAAUGCCAAUCCGCAACAAAGUGUAACACAAUCUACUAUUACAUUGGAUUCGUUGUUUACAGAAGAUGAUGAAGACGACGAGGAAUUUAUUGGACCCGAUGAUGAACAUAUUGCUGAAGUUGCUGACGAAAAAAAAUUACGUGUAUCAAAACGUGAAUUAGCUUUAUUGCUAAAAGAUAGCACAGCAUCUCCGAUGACUGAUAUAGCCGCUCCCGAGGAAGAACUUCUUCGUGGAGAUCAGUACGAAUCAUUAUGGACAGAGUUUCUUGCUUCAUUACAAUCACAGAAUAAUACUCAAACCAAUGAUCAACAAGAUGAACAACAAAAAUCUGUUCGAACGAUAACGACAGAAGAUGAUGACAACGAUGAUGACCCCGAAUUUCAUCUGCCAGAUACGGACUAUGAAGUAGAUGACGAUCUAGGUGAUGAAUUACAUGUUUCGAAACGCGAGUUGGCACUACUUCUCGAAGAUAAUGCGUCAAUACUGAAUCCUGAGGAUCUACCAAAGAGUAAUGAAUUACUCAAUCCGGACUCUGUAUCAUCAACGGCAACUGAUUCGACAGUAAACAAAAGUUCGGACUUUUAUCUAACACAUGAUCAACGCAACAUCUUCCAAUACCAACUAUCAGCGUAUGUACAAUUACUAACUCAAUACAUUCUACUACGACGCGAAACGGAUACUUUGUCAUCCGAUAAUCAAUCGGCCACGCAACUUUUUAAGGAUCUUAUUUACCUUCGUAAUAAACAACCGAAUUCAAUCUUGAAUAUUCCACUGUUAACAGAAGCGCAACGUCUACUUGAAUCUCCCUCUCCGUCCAAUCGACGGAAAGCUUUAGGCAAUCACCUUCCGUUUCAUCUGAUGAACACGUUUUGUAAAAGUCCAGCUUUUGUGCACGAUUCAUUGCUACCAACUUGUUUAUUAUCAUCAACAAAAUCUAGCAUUCAAGCAUUGUUUCCUGAUCAGUCGUCGAGAAACUUCGUAUCCGGUGAAGAUUGGUAUGUUACAAUCAUGAUUUCAGUUUAUCUAUUUAAACGUAUAAAAUUUAGUUUAAUGGCACUUGGUCUCGAACAAAACGAUGCGAAAAUGUUGAUCAUUGGGCAUAACGAGAAAAGUAUUAACGAACGACUGAAUAGCCUUCGAUAUGCACGCGUUCGACGUGGAAAACAGAAUCCUGUUCGAGCAUUUUUUACCUACGGUUCUGUUCCUGAUAUUUCCUUAAGUCCAUGGUAUCAAAUUCCAUUUGGAUACAAUAUUAAACAGAUUUAUCUGAAUGGGCUCAUCGAAAAGGUCAAUGUUGUUUUCCCCUCUUGGUUUCGACUGUCAUACAAACGAUCAAGACAAUUAACUAAGCACGUAACGAAUUCUACAGCUAGAUCAACAAAAACAUCAACCGGUGACCCGAAUGAUAGUCUGAAUGCAUCAACGGUUUACGUGGUUGUCGAAGGCACAUCGACCGCUACUCAAUCGACAACAUCGCCCAGUCAAGUUUUGCAACAAAUUCAUAUGCUACAUCUCUUAAAUUCUUAUCCGAAACUACAGCCUAAACAAUGA